UCCGUCUCACUUGACGCAUGUCUAUUGUGCGUGUGCUAACUUUAUCUCAUACUACUACUGUAUUUUUAGUUUUGUACGAUUUAUCUUUCACCUCAUAUUUGGUGUCAAAUGCUGAUACUAUGUGGGAAUGCAUAAAGGAUGGCUGAUCCAGGUGCCGGUGAUCCCAGUGGUCAUCGCAUGCCACCCCCGGGAGGGAGUGGCAGGGGCCAACUGAUGGGCCGCAGACCACCUGCUACCAUCUCUGCUGGUCGCCUCCCUGCAAUGCGUUCGAGAGACCUCACCUUGGGGGGAGUGAAAAAGAAAACAUUUACACCCAACAUCAUCGGCCGUAAAGUUAGAGAAGACACCAAGGAUGAAGGCGGGCCAAGAAGGGAGAGAAAGGAUUCAACCCGAGGCAGAGGUCCAAGAGAUAGGGGCAGAGGCCGUGGUCGCGCAGAGCUCAUCCAGUCCCACUCUAUUUUUGAGCAGGGCCCUGCAGAAAUGGCCAUGAGAAGAAAAGUCGGCUAUGAAAGUGAGCGAGAUGCCCCAAGCACGGGACUCUCACACAUCAUCAAUAUCAAAAAAGAGAAGAGAGAAACUGAGGAAGAGACCAAAGAGAUCCUACGCCAACUGGAUCGAGACAACUUCAUAGAUGAUCCUUUCCUGAGGAGUGAACAGAGGAGCUGCCCAGUUCAGCUUCCUCUCGCUGUGUCAGGAUGGGGUUUCAAGGAGGAAUUUAGUACUCCUACUAUUAAAAUUGAGAAGAUGGAUGAGGACGACCCCAUGGAGCAUUCAGUACAAAUCAAGGAGGAGCAAGAGGAAAAAGAACUGAAGAAGACUGAGGCUGCUUUCAAGCCUCCUCCGCUCCCUGAGCCGGAGGUUCUGCCAGACCUGCUCCACAAGUGGAGUCUUAGCAAAGGUGAGGAGCUGUUCUUCAUGCAGCUGCCCGACACACUGCCUGGCCAGCCACCCACCAAGGAAUACAAGCCGAUAAAAACAGAGGUGCAGUCUGAGGAUGGACAGUCUGUCCUACUAAAAACAGAGUCUCAGGAGGAGCAAGUUGAUGAUAAUGGCUGUAAUUUAAAAGACCUACGGGAGGGUCUUGUUGGAAAGAUGCUGGUACGGAAGUCUGGCCGAGUGCAGCUCAUAGUCGGACAGGUCUCAUUGGAUGUUUCCCUCGGAGCAUCAUGCUCUUUCCUUCAGGAACUAGUCUCUGUUGGUACGGAGGGACGGACAGGAGACUUGACUGUGUUAGGGAAUGUCAAACACAAAAUGGUUUGCUCCCCAGACUUUGAAUCUCUUCUGCAGAGCAGAUGAUGAUCCUUGAUGCCCUUCCUGCUUGAGAUUUGCUCUGCUGUGUCAUAUGAAAGUGGCCGUACUGAUGCCCUAAUGAAAAAGCUUGAAGGAAGACCAAUAUUUUAUUCUUGUUUAAAAAAAAAAAAGGCACAUUAAUGCAGUGGUAUGCUAUAUUUCUGUUUGAUUUCUCUGCAUCAAAAAUGAUUUGACGUGAUGUAAAUUUGUGAAUAAAAGAAGUUUUUUGUUAUUUAAUGAGAAAGUCAUGAUUUUAUGUCAUCCAAUUAAUUAUUUAAUUGUAUUGCUUUUAUUAUUUUGGUACUAUUUGUUCAUGGACUUUCUGUGCAUAGUCCGGAUGAACCAGUAUGCUGACAUUUGAUGACCUCAGACACCAGGUCGUUUGUUU